UAUAAAUAAUCAGGCGCAUCGCGAAUAAUUAUCAUAUGAGCCUCAAGGCUAGUGCGGUUUCGACAAGUGCAUUGAAAAAAAAAAGUGAAAAAAAUAUUGUGUCCCGAUCUCCGUGAAGAAGGCGACAAUGGAUUUGAUGAAAUUGUUCGCACUUCUGAUAGCUGUUGCUUCAGUCCACAUUUCUGCAGAAGGAUCCAAGAAAAAGAUCCGCAUACAUCUUCCACAAAGGGUGAAGCACAUACACCACCACAAGAAGAUUUAUAUAACGAAUCAUCACGCGUCCGAGGCAUCACAAUAUGCGCCGACUUUCUUACCUAAUGCUGACAGUGCGGUGGCUGUACCAUCAAAUAUUGCGCUUCAAUCCGUCUCAAAUGUUUUACCAUUAAACUCGGUUGAUUUAAUUGACAACCAUCAACAUAGAAUACCGGGUUUGUCUCCAGCCGCAAGCAAACUAUUACCGCUGUAUCGUGCACGAGGAUAUUAUGGACCAACCCCUUCAGAAUGGGAUGAACAAGAGUAUGAUAUUGCAGCACCAUCAGAACUUGGUGAUAACCCAUAUCCUCCUGCCCCACAUGUUUCACCUACUUCGGCGCCACAAGUACCAUCACCCAAAAGAGUUAAAAUAGUUAAAGUAAACGAAAAAAAACCGAAAAAGGGACCUCAAAGACUUAAAGCAAAGCGCGUGCCAGUGCGAACCAGGCCUCCGGCUGAAGAAGAACAUCCCGUAUCAAAAUUUCACGAACAUUUUUACUCUGAUUUAGAUGGAUCAGGGACAAUAAAAAAAGUAAAGAAACCGCAACGAGUUGAAAAAAUUGUCGACGGUGAUACCGAACACAUCCACACCUAUAGCGAAGAACACAUCCAUAAAUUAGUUUUCGAUGACGGGUCAAAACUCUCUAAUAUAGUUGGAGUCGAUCCAGUUGGUAGUAUGUCUGCAAUUACUGCCGGACAUCCCCUUAUGCCAUUUAAGAAUUCAUUAUUGGCGAUUCCUUCAGGUACAUAUUCAGCGUUUACAGUAGGAUCACUGGGAACUCCUUCACAUUUGGAAUAUACUGCUUACAAUCCACGAGAUGUAACACAUGAUCAUAUAUUUCACGAUCAUGGGGAGAUACCGCCAGAUGUAGAUCUUAACAGAGAACCUUUAGGUUAUCCACCAAAAGUCUCAUACAAUAGUCAAGGAUUAGCUAUUAGCGAUGGAGCAAAAGGGCAUAAGGCGAAAAAUUCCCAAAAAUAUUUAAGGCCCACUAAACCAUCAAUUGCCAAUGAACUUUCAUAUUACGAAAGUUUAUACACAAAUAACAGAAUAAAGAAACAACCAAAUGCAGCUGCUGCUGUAUCCCAAUUUGAUACAUCACUAGAUUCCGGCCCGGAGCAAGAUUUUAGGGCGGUGCCAUCUUUUAAUUCUUUAGCAAAAAAUUCAAAUAAAAUCCGAAGCACAUAUUACAAUGGACCUAUACAAGAAUUUCGACAAAAACAUGGUACAAACUUAGCUCCUUACUCUGUAUCCUCGACUAUUGUUCACGACUAUCAACCGAAACCUACGUAUCCAGGGGCGCUGCCACCCUCAGGGUUUUCAAAAUUUAAGGACAAUGUAGCAAACUUUCAUUCGAAUAAUUAUGACUAUGAUGCCUAUGCCUCUUCAUCGAAUAUAUUAUUUUCUGAAGAUAAAAAUGACAAUACUGCAAUUCCUCACCAAAGCUACAAAGGUAAAAAGAAGUCUGUGUCAACGCAAAACAUCAGCUUUGGAGGACAAGACCAUCAAACAAUGGUAGAUCAUUUUGGUGCAAGCAGCGUUGCAUCAGAAUCGAUACACGAGGAUCCUUCUGCUUUCGAGGAUGUGAAUAGUUACGAUAAUGGUAAAACUUCCGAAUCAAUUUCUCCUACACCAUAUACAAUAAAAGAGACGUCUCCAGCACACUUGUACUAUACAUCUAUGGCAAUUAAAGCUCUCUACAAUGAGCCCGCAUCUAUGCCAGAAGCAUCAAAUGACAAUUUGCAAUAUGCAGAACCUCCUUCACCAGAAGCAACCACGCCGUACACGCCCUCUGCCAUGGAUGCGACAACAGAAGAACCAAGUGUUUACUUCGAAAUACUGCCCUCGAAAUCGUCAGAAAAAUCUGAGGUGGCUUCUAAUUAUACCCCCGACAGUGAACAGAGAUCUAGAGCUAAGCACCGAAAAUCUACACAAAGUCGAGAUCCUAAGCAAAGAUAUUCAGUGAUUCAGAAUUUGCGUUCAGUCAAAGAAAUGGAAAAUGAAAAAAGCUCUGCAUUAGCACGAAAAUUCCUGAGUAAAAAUCGUCAAUAUUUAUUAGAAUCCGCCUUAGAUUCUGAUGCUAGAGGGAAGCUGAAGUACGGUGACAAAAUAUGAACUUUAUUUUAGUUAGUUGUACAAUAUUGUACAUAGUUGUGUUAGAUGUCCGUUGUAGUGAACUUAAUUCAGCUUAAUUUGUGGUUGAAUGUGAUGAGACUUAGUAACCUGUAUGGCAUUAUUUAUGUCGCGAUGCUGUGUUGUAGCUGUAAUAACCCAGACCGAUUAUUACCUAUAUAUAGAGCGGAUAGUCGACGUAUUCAUGCAUUUUGAACGAACACUUAUACGACGUGUUUAUAGUAAUAAAUCAAUGAAAUAAAUUAAAACAGUUA